UUCAUCACCCUUGAAGCGCGGCCGGGGCUUCGUUUGAUUGAAGAAGUCUGCUAUUACAACCACGAAACCCAGACACGUCUCCCCAGUUCCCCUACACUCGUGCCGCUCAUCUCGCUUCUCACGUGCCACCUCAUCUCUCUCUCUGCUCUAUAUAAUAUCAUCACAUUCCCUCCGGAAUUCUACCUUCAACUAUUUCUUCUUUUCUCUUUCCUUUUUUUAUUUAUUUCAAUUCAAUUAGAAAUUAAAACGAUGGCCCCAUUAGAGUCUGCCACUGCAGCUGAAACAGCAGCUGUUCCUAAGGGAGCUCCUCAGUUGAAAGAUGAGUUAGAUAUUGUGAUACCCACCAUCAGGAACCUUGAUUUCUUGGAGAUGUGGAGGCCUUUUUUUGAGCCUUACCAUCUCAUCAUUGUUCAAGAUGGUGACCCUUCAAAGACCAUCAAGGUUCCUGAUGGUUUUGAUUAUGAACUUUAUAAUCGUAAUGAUAUUAACAGGAUUUUGGGGCCUAAGGCCUCUUGCAUUUCCUUUAAAGACUCUGCUUGUAGGUGCUUUGGCUACAUGAUCUCAAAGAAGAAGUAUAUCUUCACUAUUGAUGAUGAUUGCUUUGUUGCAAAGGAUCCAUCUGGCAAACCGCAUAAUGCACUCGAGCAGCACAUCAAGAACCUUCUUUCCCCUUCAACUCCAUUUUUCUUCAACACUCUCUAUGAUCCCUUCAGAGAAGGUGCAGAUUUUGUCCGUGGAUACCCUUUCAGUCUCCGCGAGGGUGUCCCAACUGCUGUUUCUCAUGGCUUGUGGCUCAACAUUCCUGACUAUGAUGCACCUACACAGCUUGUGAAGCCUCUGGAGAAGAACACUAGGUUUGUGGAUAUGGUUUUGACCAUUCCUAAGGGCACGUUGUUCCCCAUGUGUGGUAUGAAUUUGGCAUUUGACCGUGAGCUCAUUGGCCCUGCAAUGUACUUUGGUCUCAUGGGUGAUGGUCAGCCAAUUGGACGCUACGACGAUAUGUGGGCUGGCUGGUGCACCAAGGUGAUAUGUGACCAUUUGGGAUUGGGAGUUAAGACUGGUCUGCCUUAUAUCUUCCACAGCAAAGCGAGCAAUCCGUUCGUGAACCUAAAGAAGGAGUACAAGGGCAUUUUCUGGCAGGAAGAGAUCAUCCCAUUCUUCCAAGCUGUUUCCCUUCCGAAAGAAUGCACCAGUGUGCAAAAGUGCUACAUUGAACUGUCGAAGCUGGUGAAGGAAAAGCUUAGCAAGGUAGAUCCUUACUUUGACAAUCUCGCCGACGCCAUGGUCACAUGGAUUGAAGCUUGGGAUGAGCUUAACCAGCCAGGAGCUUCUGCUGAGGCCGACGGCAAAGCAAAGUAGAAAAGUUUUGACUACCAGCAAACGACAUUAUAAUUUUCCUACACAUAGGAAGUGGUUUAUGGUUUAUAGUCGCUGCUGUAAUUCUUUCUUAUGCACCUUUGACACCAAUUUAGACCAACAUUUGGAUUUUACAGAUUGGCGGGUGUAUUUUUGUUUAUUUAUUUCAUGCUAUGAACUCAUAGAAAUAAAAUAUAUAUGGUCAAGUUACCAUUCGGUUUGA